AUGCGACAGCCGUCGACCGAAACGGUCGACAAAGCAGUAUGGACGGAGGAAGGUGGCGCGGCGCGGCUGGAAGCAGUGCUUGUGGCGCUUGUGGAGCGCAAAGCACGAGCGUUGCAUGCCGAGCAGGCGCGCCGGCGCGCUCGUCACCCUCUGCUGCUGCUCUUGCGAAAUCAUUUGCCCGACGAGGAGGCGUCUAUCAUUGGCAGUCAUGGCGAGGAGCUACCAUCGCACUGGUGCGAGCAUGAGAUGGCUAGGCAUAAAAAGAAGCUGAAAUUGCACACCCAUCACAGAGAGAUGCAGAGCCCCGAACAUCUGGAGCUGGAGCGGCGUCGUCGUCGACGUCGACGUACUCCUCGGCAUCAUUCGCAGAAACCCCGGAAACAUCGAACCUUGCUUGUAUCAGCUAUUGAUGAACAGGCAAAAGUUAUACACGUAUUAGACCCCGAUGAAUUGCCGCGCCGCGCUCGUUAUACGAUCAUGGUGACGGCAUGCCUAUUGCUGUUCCUAUGUUUGCUGCUAGUCGGUGUCACAUUGCGGAUGGCGCCGCUUAUCGAUGAUAUGGGUGAGUGA